AGCAAUAUUAAACACACAAUAUUCUCAAGAGGCAAACACAGCAAACUCAUCGACAUGGGUAAAAACUGAUGGUAACAAGUUAAUAUUAAUGGAAGAAGCGGGCUUUAUGGAUAUUGCUUCGGCUAAUCCUGUUUAA